UUCCCGGGUGUAUGAAAAGCAGCUGCGAGGGGGCUCCGUCCCUGUAAACGCAGGCGAAGUCCAUUAGCGGUCUUGCACCUUCCCGAGGCGUCGAUUCCGCUGCGUCCGGGACCCUCCGCUCGGUGGCGCUGCCAUGAACAAAGGCUUCGGCCGGAAGAGCCACACGUUCCUGCCCAAGAUAUUUAGGAAAAUGUCUUCCCAGCCCAAGGAGCGCCCUGAGAGCUUGCAGUUUCCUUUCCUGGACGACAACGACACCAUUGCCACCAUCCGGGAGUCGAAGACGUUGUUCGUUCUGCGGGGCCUGCCCGGCAGCGGGAAAUCCACUUUGGCGCAAGCCAUCCAUGACAAGUACAAAGAUGCCUGCAAGGUCAUCUCCGCUGACGGCUACAAAAUCCAGCCUGCUGUCAGGAGCGCCAUUCCCGAUGACUACAGCAAGGUUGAUGAGGACCUAGGCGACUACUGCAAGCGUGACAUCAGCGUGCUGGUGGUAGACGACACCCACCAUGAGAGGGAGCGCCUGGAUCAGAUCUUCGACAUCGCCGACACGUACCGCUACCAGGUCAUCAUCGUGGAGCCCAAGACGACGUGGAAAAUGGAUUGCUUGCAGCUGAAGGAUAAGAACCAGUGGAAACUCUCGGCGGACGAGCUCAAGAAGCUGAAGCCCAGUUUGGAAAAGGAUUUCCUUCCCUUGUAUUAUGGGUGGUUUUUGAGCAAAAGGAGCUCGGAGAACUUGCGGAAGACCGGGCAGGCGUUUUUGGACGAGCUUGCCAGUAUCAAAGUCUUCAGAAAGGAGGCUAAGCAAUUUGGACAACCCAGCGAAGACCCCAAGGCAAAAGUUGACUUGACCGGCUACUUUGUGAAAAGGCCACCGGGGGUCUUGCACUGUACCACAAAGUUCACCGACUAUGGGAAGGCUCCAGGAUCAGAUGACUACGCACAGCAGGAGGCUGUUAAGUCAUCUUAUGGGAAAGCCUUCUUCCUGACCAUCUCUGCUCUCUUCAUCACACCAAGAACGGCUGGGGCCCGCGUGGAACUCAGUGACCAGCAGAUGCUUCUGUGGCCUGGCGACGUGGACGUGCUUCAGCCAGCCGUCAGCCUCCCGAAAGGCAGUCGGGCACACAUCACCCUGGGGUGUGCCAGCGGGGUAGAAGCUGUCCAAACCGGCAUUGACCUCCUCGAGUUUGUCAAGUUGGAAAAGGCAGGGAACAAAGGCGAGGAAAUAGGGGAAAUUGGGGGCGGGAGACUUUUGUCCUACGGCAAUGGCCUUUGGAUGCUCCAGCUUUCUAAAAAGAUUGAGGUGAGGUGUGUCUUUUCUGGGUACUAUGGAAAGGGGAAACUGGUGCCAACUCAAAGUGGGAGUAAACGGGGCUCCCCUUUUAACGCUUGCAUCAUCAUCUAAGGGCCCUUCUUGCUACUGCAGUCUUUCCGUUUGCAGCAACGCGCAACUUUUAUAAACAACUCCCCAAGCCACCACACAUCCAAGUACCGUCCUCCAACUAAAGACCAACUCUUGUUAAAUUUUAGCUUAUCUGGCCUCUUCAGAGAAAUUUCUUCUCGUUCAGGGAAAAACACCACCAGAGGGCCAGUAAUGGAAAAUUAGCUCCUUUGUUAUAUAUGUGUGAAUUAAGAUUAAUGCAACUGGAUUUGUGGUGUUUUUUGUU